AUGGGCCUCACCAAGACACAGAGGAUAUGUAUUUUACUGGGAAUAGAUGCGGUGUUUUUCUUGAUUGAACUGAUAUGCGGUUAUGCUGUACAUUCCCUGGCCUUGGUGGCUGAUUCCUUUCAUAUGUUAAACGAUGUCCUAUCUCUAUGCGUGGGACUAUGGGCGGUCCGUGUCGCCAACACGGGGAGCUCGAAGAUGUACACUUAUGGCUGGCAACGAGCAGAGACUUUGGGUGCGUUGGUGAACGGAGUUUUCCUGGUUGCUCUUUGCCUGUCCAUCUUCCUCGAAGCGAUCCAACGAUUUGUCGAACCUCAGAAGGUCAGCAACCCGAAGCUUGUCCUCAUCGUCGGCUGCUUAGGGCUAGCCUCAAACAUCCUUGGCCUGUUCCUCUUCCACGAGCAUGGCCACAGUCAUGGUGGGGAAGAGCAUUCGCACGACGACAACCCCGAAAGAACUGCCGAAGAAGGUCACAGCCACGUACAUGCAGAUGGUGAAACACACAAGAUGACAGAUGAGCAUGGCAAUAUCGAGGAUGUCCUACCGCAAGUUCGCAUUGCUGGUUACAGGGCCUCGGACUCGCGGAAUUUCACAAAGUCGGAUGAAGAAAACACCACCCUCUCGGCCAGGUCCAGCAACACGCCACACCGGAAGCCUGCUAACGGCGAGGUUCAUGGUCGACAUCGUCGCCGAACGUCGGGGUCGUUUGGAAGAGGUUUCGGCUCCGUGGACAACAUACACAUUCAUCCAGCAUCGUUCCGUCAGGAUAUUAUCCAGGCUGCACGACUGGAGGAACGAUCCGAAUCCGAGUCUGGUGAAGAAGAUGCCCUGCUGAUCGACGUGGACUCGCCAGAGGAUCGUUCCAACACAUUCCCAGAGGACCAUCAUGCAUCGCCAUCUAGAAGCAAUCGAGUCUCAGGCUAUGGUAGUAUUAAUAACCGCAAGAAGAGCCUCGACUACAACCAUGCGGCUCACAAUCACAACAAUCCGAAAGAUUCCUCGGGUUCUGGUCAUGGCCAUGGCGGCCACGGUGGACAUGGUCACUCUCACGGCGAUCUGAACAUGCGUGGCGUCUUCCUCCAUGUCAUGGGUGAUGCCCUCGGAAACAUCGGCGUCAUAGUAACGGCGCUGAUCAUCUGGCUCACCACAUUCGAGGGACGAUAUUAUUUCGACCCCGCCAUCUCUCUCGUCAUCACCAUCAUCAUCCUCGCCAGCGCCAUACCCCUCUGCAGAGCUGCUGGCCGUAUUCUCUUGCAAGCCGUCCCCGUGGGGAUGUCUAUCGACGAGAUCACCGCCGACAUUGAAUCUCUCCCACGGGUGAUGGAAGCACAUCACCUGCACGUCUGGCAGCUCAGCGACACGAAACUCGUGGCUAGUCUACACGUCAAGGUUGACUGCGAGGUGGAAGGGGCCGGGUCAGCCAGCUACAUGCACCUCGCACGUGAGAUCCGAAGCUGUCUGCAUGGCUAUGGCAUUCAUAGCUCGACGAUCCAGCCCGAGUUUGAGGCACCACACCUGCAUUCUCCCAGCGGAGCAGGCGGCGAUGAUGACGGUGCGGCCGGCGCUGCGGGCAGUGGCAGUGGACUAGCAACGCCGAAGAACAACGCGAACGGCAGCAAAACUGCGAGUUUGAGGAGUGAAGGACAGCCGGUGUGCCUGCUGGACUGCGGUGACGCAUGCGCUGGGAGUAAGAUGUGUUGUCCGACCGAUGGCCCCAAGAACGGGAAGAAGUGA